UCUCAGGCAGCCAUCUCGCAACCACUCAAAUCGAUCACAUCGCUGCAGCAACACAUCGCUGCAACGCCCGCAACACAACCAUAGGUUCGUGUAGCUCCAAAAACAAGACCGCCACCGCGCAGCCAACAAAAAUGUCGUGCUGCCCUCCCUCAGCUCUGCCAUACUUGGCUGCAAAGCCAGCCACCAAGGGCUCCAAGAAGGCCGUCGACGGCGUCGAAUUCUACGAGACCGGCGCCCAGUCCAAGGCCGCGGUCAUCCUUUUCCCGGACGUGUGGGGCUGGGACAGCGGCCGCACGCGCGCGCUCGCCGACGCGUUCGCCGAGCAGGGCUACCGCACGUACGUGCCGAAAGUUCUCCAGCCGGCGUUCCAGGGCGGCACGGACGGCGACGGCCUGCCGCCGGACUUCGACCUUGGCUCGCGUAUGGAUGAGUUCAUGGGGUGGGUGAAGACCGUCAAAUGGGACGGCAUCGAUUCCAAGGUGAACGCUCUCCUGGCGUACGCCAAGGCCGAGGGCGCGACGUCCCUCGGCGUCGUCGGCUGCUGCUGGGGCGGCUGGGCCUGCUUUGAGACGUCGGCCAUGACGACGGGUCCGUGUCCGGCGUCCGUCGCGAAGCCUUCGACUUGCGACGGCGUGGGCUCGUACGCCACCGACGCGACGCGUCACUCACCGCCCAAAUCCCCACGCAGACGUCAAGGUCGGCGUGAUCUUCCACCCGUCCUGCCACAUCGUGGCCGCUCACGGCGGUGAGGUCCACGCCCUCGCCAAGAAGGUAUCGAAGCGGCGUCCUAGGUACAAUCACGCAGACGUAGCGUCGAUGGUGGACGCGCACAAUCACUCAUCUGUCGACGUCCGCACAGGUCCAGGCCCCGCACUACAUCAUGCCCGCCAAGUCCGACGACCCCGCCCUCUACGGCCCCGAGGGCUCGGUGAUCAAGGAGCUGCCCGCCGGCUCGAAGCAGAAGACCUUCCCGGAGCAGGAGCACGGCUGGACGUCGCGCGGCGACGCGUCCGACCCGGCGGUCGCCGCGGCGAUCAAGGACGCGAUGACCGAGGCGGUCGGCUACCUCAAGGAGCACCUGCCUCUGGCCUAGGCGUUCCCCCAAGAUGUGUAGUAAGUGAUAAACAACACCACAAUAGUUAGG